GCUCGACAUUAUAAUAUUAUAGUUCUCCCCACCUUGCCUCCGACCACAUUUGCCUUCCACUUACACGGGCUUCAACCCUUCAAUGACUUCCACGGCCCUGGCUCUGCUCAAACUUUUUAUAUAUCAUGAGCCUAUCCUCUCGCAGUCGCAAACACACACUUUCUCGCCAAAAGAUAUCCAACGCCGCACUCAUGCCCAAUAUGGCUUCUCCCGCGAAAACUCGCCGACUCCGAGCCUCCUGCGACGGCUGCUUCGCUGCCAAGGUGAAAUGCUCCAAGGAGAGGCCCAUGUGCGAUCGAUGCCUUUCCUGCGGCAGCAAUUGCACCUAUUCCCCUUCCAGCAGGGCCGGGAAGCCCAAGCCUGACGGCGGUUCCAAUGUCCAUCCGUCUACAACCCAAGAUGUGACAGGCCACCCACAAGUGCCCGCCCAAAACAUCCUGGGCUAUCCUGGACACCACCACCAGCACCGCUGGGACAUGCCGACUACUUCAGCCGAUUCCGGUAUAGGCGGGAGCUACUCCGUACCGGAAUUUGUCCUUGGUGGAGUGGACGGUGAAAACAUAGCCUGGUUCCCAACCGAUGACCUUCACACUAUGACCGGACAGCCAGCCCCGGGGCACAUCCACGCCCACCCUCAGUACAACCCCAACAUGGCGAUUCCGUGGCCCAGCACGCACGGACAGGAGCUCCUUCCUUUUGGCCAACCACCGCCACCAGCCCAGAUGCCGGAGGAUAUGCCGCUUUACCUCAACUUCCCUUCAGCAGGCCCCAGUAUGCCGCUGCCAUUAGGGAAUUCGUCGUCGCCAACAGAGCCCAAUGGUUCGGGGGCUCCUUGCCGCUGUUUGGCAGAUUGUAUGGCUUCAUUAUACACGCUUGAAACCCAUACCGCACCAGGAUCUCUCGCCUUCCAUGAAGUCUUGUCACUGAAUCACAAGGCAGUCCGGAUUUGUGGGACAAUGCUACUCUGUUCUCGGUGCCCCCCCCAGGGAGUGCAAACGCGCAUCAAGGUCCUCGCAACCAUCAUUGGCAAGAUCGCGUCCUUAUAUAAGGAGGCCUCGACAACACAAUUUGGGAAUGCUGCCUUCGGCUCCACGCCCGAUUUUCAUAUGUUUCAGGAAGUCUGCGACCGGUUUAGGGCGCUCUGCACACGCGACUUCGAGGACUCGGAUUUCGGCCAAGCCAUGAUCACGUAUGUCGAGCGCUCAUUCCACUCAAGCAUGACUGCUCUACGGCAAGGGUCAUGAUUCUGGGUCACUGGCUGCAAUGUGGGCAACGGCCGGGCGGGAUGUCACUGUGUCAAAGGCAAGAUGCAUGUACCUGUCGAGGUCAAGGAAGGGGUCAGAAAAGUUGGGGACGGUUAAU